AUGAUAGUUUUUCUUAUUGGCCAAGAACUGUUUAUCCAAAAUAUUAUCGUUGCUAUUAUUACUGUUUCAAUUGCUUGGAAAUAUUACUUUGAAAUUAUCAAAGAAGAAGAAACAAAUCUUGUAGCUGCAUUCGGAAAUGAUUAUAUAUCAUAUAGAAACUCUACUCCUUCACAUAUUCCGUACAUUGAUUAA